CAAGUGGCAAUGAUGGACAGAAACUCAAUUACUGAUGUGUAUCUACUGGUUCCAGGGUUCUUGACCAGAUAUUUGAAGGACUUGGGCAUUAAUUGCUAAGUAUACUGUAGUGCAUAAAGAAGAAUCAUUUUGUGAGGAAAAUUCAUUGAAUUAUUUAUGCUUGGAUGAGAACAGUGACGUGUGGAGAGAGAGGUGUUUACGGGCGAAAGAACAUUUGAACUGGAGGAAUCAAACCCUUACUGGACUAAAUGAACUGUAAGAAUGAAGACACUGGCUGGACCAGGGCUGCUGUUAUUACUGUGGCAGAGUGUUUGGACUUUGGAUGUUCCUCUUGAAAUCAGGCAACCUCCAACCAUCAUAAAGCAGUCAUUGCAGGAGCACAUUGUGGAUCCCAAAGACACAAUGGUCAUAGAGUGUGAAGCCAAAGGCAACCCUCAUCCUAUUUUCUCAUGGCGGCGUAAUGGGAAGUAUUUUAAUGUGGCCCGUGACCCCCAGGUGUCAAUGCGCAGGCGCUCUGGGACACUUGACAUCUAUGCCCGAAACAAUCCUGAACAGUAUAUUGCAGAGUAUCAGUGCAUUGCUUCCAAUCAAUAUGGAUCUGCAUACACCCACAAGAUAAGACUACAGUUAUACAGACCUCCUGUAUGGCCACGGGAGAUACUAGAGCCUGUUGUAAUCAGUGCAGGCCUUCCUCUGGUCCUGCCUUGUGACCCUCCACCAGGCCCACCUAAACCUGAAACAUACUGGAUGUCUAGCUGUUCGUAUGCAAGGCCUUUCACCUGGCCCAUUCAGACAGCUUUUCCCACCAUGCAGGCUGUGCAGCAGGACCGCAGAGUUUCCAUGGGGGUCAACGGAGAUCUUUAUUUCUCUAAUGUGCUGGUUAAUGACUCCACUGCUGAUUACUGCUGUAAUGCUCGAUUUCCUUAUAAGAAUAUGAUUCAGCAAAAGAUGCCUGUGGUUGUUAAGGUGCUUACAACUCGCACAGUAGCUGAGGCUGCUCCCACUUGGCUGUCUCCCAGAGGUUCAUCCAGCUCCAUUCUUGUUCUACAAGGAGAAGAGCUGCUUCUCGAGUGCAUAGCCGCAGGGGUGCCUACUCCUCACAUAACCUGGACUAAGAAUGGAGAGGAUCUCCCUGUGACAUCACGCAUAAAACUGAAAAACUUCAACAAAAUGAUUCAAAUUCAAAAGGCGUCUUUUGAAGAUGCUGGAGAAUACAUAUGUGCAGCUACCAACAAUAUCGGGUAUAUUGAGCACACAAUAACGGUCAGGGUCAAAGCGGCUCCUUUCUGGUUGGAAAAGCCCACAGAUUUGAUUUUGGCUCCUGAGGAAAACGGACAGCUGGUGUGUCGCUCUGACGGGGCUCCUCGACCGACGAUAAGCUGGUUCAUUAAUGGGGAACCAAUUGAGACUUCUACACCUCAGCCAAACAGGCAGGUUUCUGGAGAAACAAUAACCUUUCGCACUGUGACCACCGAGAACACGGCUGUCUAUCAGUGCAACGCAUCCAACGAAUAUGGGUACCUGCUGGCUAAUGCAUUCGUCAAUGUGCUGCAUGCAACUCCUCGUAUUAUCGGACCAAGAAAUGAGCUCAUAAAGACUAUCGCGGGUAAUCGAGCCUUUUUAGACUGCCGCUUCUUUGGUUCUCCUGUGCCUGAACUACGAUGGUCAAAAUAUGGACAAGGGAACCUUGAGGGAAAUCGUUUUAACACUCACAGUAAUGGGACUUUGGAGAUCAAACGCAUUCAGAUAGAAGACCAGGGAACCUACCUGUGUGUGAUCAGCAACAUUGCAGGGAGAGAUGAAAUUCAAGUCAGAGUUGAGGUCAAAGAGCCCAUAAUAAUCGUCACCAGACCACAGAGUAUGAAAGUCAUGCGCGGAAGUGAUGUGCGCCUCGAAUGUGGCGUACAAGCAGAUAUCACAACUCCAAUCACCACAACAUGGAUGAAAAACAAAAAGCAAGCCCAACUUAAUUGGAGGGUCACUUUGGAUGAAUCAAAUUUGGUCAUUACUAAUGUAAAUAGAGGGGAUGAAGGAAAUUACACAUGUGUUAUUAGAAAUGAGCUCGAACAGAAGUCUGCAUCAGCGCACCUAAUGGUGAUGGACCGUCCAAAUCCUCCCACUAACUUGGUGCUGUCAGAUCCAUAUGAACGUACUGUACGACUCACUUGGGUUCCUGGAGACAGCAACCACAGCCCCAUUACUGAGUAUUUAGUGCAGUAUGAUGAUGAUGACUGGAUACCAGGAAAAUGGAAAAACCUAUCAACAUACCCAGGAAACCUUAACUCUGUCAUUCUGCAUCUCUCACCUUUCACCUACUACGAGUUUAGAGUCAAUGCUAUAAAUGAAAUUGGGUCCAGUCGUCCAAGUCUUCCAUCUAAGCGCUUCCAGACAAGCGGUGCACCUCCGGAUGUCAUUCCAAAGAAUGUGAAAGGUGUGGGUACCUGGAGAAAUAACAUGGAAAUUAGCUGGGAGCCUCUUACAUGGAGAGAGUGGAAUGGACCACACUUGAAAUAUCUGGUGUGGUGGAGAAGGCGAGAUUCCAGGGAGGAGUGGAAAAACGCCACCACAAAGUGGCUGAAGUAUUACAUUUAUGACGCAGAUACAUUCACCCCCUAUGAGAUCAAAGUCCAGGCAGUUAAUGACUUUGGGCUUGGACCAGAGUCACCUGUGGUCAUUGGUUAUUCUGGGGAAGACCGUCCAAUAGCAGCACCCCUGAACCUGAGAGUCUCUGACAUCGAGAGCACUCAGGUUCAAGUACACUGGGACCCAGUGACACGUGAAUCGAUUAUGGGAGAACUGAAAGAAUACAAGGUCUACUACUGGAGAGACAGCAGCCAGCUCAGGUGGCACAGGGUCAAUAGAGGCAUGAAGUCCAAAGCGUUUUUAAAUGAUGAUCCAGAACCCUCGGGUGUACUCACUGGGCUCAUUCCCUACAGCAACUACAAGAUGUACAUUGUAGUGGCAAACAGUCGGUAUGAAGGACCACCAAGUAAUCACAUCCACUUCUCCACUCCUGAAGGAGUACCAUCUGCUCCAAGAGCUUUCAGGAUCCAACAACGACACCUGGACAGUAUUUAUGUUGACUGGGAUCUACCAGAAGAGCCUAAUGGUGUCAUCACUGGUUACAGCCUAAAAUACCAAACAGUGAAUGCAACCAGAGGAGAGGAGCUGAAAGUUGAGGAGUUUCCACCAAAUGUAACAAGUUUCUCUAUUCGACGAUAUGACCGCUAUACUCGCUACAGAUUCUCUGUGGCUGCGCAAACUAGGAUUGGACUGGGAGAGUGGCAUACGGAGGAGUCUCCCCACUACACCACAGAAAUAUAUGCUCAGGACCAGGUGGACAUUUCCACUCAAGGGUGGUUCAUUGGUAUUAUGUGCGCUGUGGCUCUCAUCGUGCUAAUCCUCCUAAUAGUGUGUUUCAUCAAGAGAAGCCGAGGGGGGAAAUAUCCAGUGCGGGACAAAAAGGACAUUUCAUUGGAGCCAGUAGAUGAUAAAGAUCAAGAGGGAUCAUUUGAUUACAGAUCCCUUGAAAGGAUAGCACGUGUCUCAACUCUGCUUUAUCCUCGGAGAGAGGAGGAAAGAGGGCUUCAGAGAGCUCAGCCAUCUGUGGAUGCGAUAAUGAAGCGAUCAGACAGCGACGACAGCCUCGUGGAAUAUGGAGAAGGAGGAGAAAUUCAGUUUAAUGAGGAUGGUUCAUUCAUUGGCCAGUACACCGGAACAAGGAGAGAUGUGAGGGACUUGGACUUUGGUGGAAAUCUAGAACUCCAUUCACCAAUCAAAACCAUCUACUCUCUGGCAUGAGACUUUAACCUCAAGAACCGAUUCCUUCUGUGUGUCAGCUUUUUGCCCUUGGACUUCCUUCUGUUGGUUCCUUCUUAGGGAGUGAGGAUCUGUUUCUGUCUGAGGAGGGAACAGCUGAAGUUGGAGCUGCUAUUAAAUCUUUACAAGACUCAACCUUCACGGAUCUGUUGGUGAAAGCGUGAAGAAUUUGGGCUCUUCUAUCUUUACUGUAGAUAUAUUUUUAUUAUU